AUGGCUAGUCCGAACCAUCUGCAGGUCCCUCGAGAAUCGGUCUCCACAACGAUCACUGCUUCCACACAACCUGAAAUUCGACUAUACCCGAGAAGAUUCCUUAUUUUGGCGUUAUUUAUAUUCUUAUCGGCUUCGAACUCCCUUCAAUGGAUCGAAUACAGUAUUAUUGCCGAGACAGUCGUCGAUUACUGGGGAGUUUCGUAUAAUUGGGUGGAUUGGACAAGCAUGAUCUACAUGCUAACAUAUGCCAUCUUGAUUUUCCCUGGCAGGUAAGGCUUGAGGGGUUUGGGGACAUUUUAUACGACGAAAGAUGCUUGGGAGAGGUUUUGCCCUUAGGGUAAGAUGGAAAAUUUGUUAUUUUUUGCUAUCCUAGGCCCGCUAAGAGCUUUCAGAACAAAAAAAAAUAAAAUUACUUGACGAUUUUUGGCAAAGUGACAUUUUAUACGAUUAAAGGUGUCUGAAGUAAAAAUUUACCAUCCGGCAAUAAAAAAAUAUGAUUUCUUAGUGAGAAACGUAGCCCAGGGAUCUCUGGAACCCAAAAAGUUCAAUUCCUAAUUGAUUUUUGGCAAAGUGACAUUUUAUACGAUCAAAGCUAUCCAAUUCUAAAUUCAAUUGUAUGCUAUAUGUAUCAUUUUCAGCUGGUUCUUAGACCGAUUCGGCCUCCGAAAGUCAGUCCUACUCGCCGCAUUCGGCAAUUGCCUCGGGUCAUGGCUCAAAAUCUUGUCCGUUGACCCAUCUCACUUUUGGCUGACCUUUCUCGCGCAAACCAUCGAUGGAGCCUCUCAAACCUUUAUCCUUGGGAUUCCAAGUCAUCUAGCGGCUACCUGGUUUGGUCACAACGAGGUUUCCACUGCUUGCGCCGCCGGAGUUUUUGGGAAUCAACUGGGAAUCGCGAUUGGGUUCAUUUUGCCCCCAUGGUUGGUGCAGAAUGGGUCGAAAGAGGCGGUUGGACGGGAUUUGAACGUGCUUUUUAUGGUGUCAGCGGUGGCAAAUACCAUAAUCUUCCUUAUGAUUAUCUUUUGUAAGUUCUUGAGGGAAAUUUUUAGCGAAUUUUGAGAAGUUUUUGAUUUUUUUUGUUUUUUGACAUUUUUUUGAUUUUUCGAGGGAAAACUCUGUAGUUUUUGGUCUCAAAAGAUAGCCAGAGUAAUUGUGGAAGAAUCAGAGAAUUUUAGACACCUCAUAUAUACUCUUAAAAUCAAUUUUAGUCUUCAAAAACAAGCCUCCAAGUGCUCCAAGUUACGCUCAACUUCGCACCACAACCACCGACGAACCCUCGGGCUAUUUGGUCGACAUGAAGGCGCUUUGCAAACAUUGCAGCUUUAUCUUACUUCUACUUGCAUAUGGCAUCAAUGUGGGGGUGUUUUACGUCAUCUCCACCCUGUUGAGUCAGAUGAUCUCCCGGUAUCAUAAGGGUGCAAGUACGGAGACGGGAACGAUCGGGUUGCUGAUGGUGGUGGGUGGAAUGGCCGGCUCGGUGAUUUGUGGCUACUUGUUGGACAAAUUUCACAAAUUCAAGUGAGUUUUCAAAAAAAAUUUGAGGUUUUUCAGCUUACGUUUUUUAUCCAUAUUUUUUUGGGGAACGCAUAAAAUUUGACGUUUUUUGUCCAUAAAUUUUAUUUUCUAUUUAUUUGAGGACUCAAUGAAUCGUAUUUUACAAAUUUCACCACUCAAAAUCAGCUAAACCGACGGGUUUUGGGCCCCGCCACGAAAACCCUGAGAAUCAGGGAGAGUCUGCCAAAAGUUUCCAAAUUCAUAAAUAUGAUUGGAUAAACUAAUUUGGAGCCUAAAAAAUAUUUUUGUCUACUUUUUGAGUUAGUAUUCUCAUUAAGUUUUGCGUUUUUUGUGUUACACCUUUUUAUCCAUAAAUCAUAAAAUUUAACGUUUCUUGACCAUAUUUUUUUAUUUUUUGGUUUUUAAUAGCUCAUUAAAAAAUUGUGCAACGUAUUUUACAAUUUUUACAGCUCAAAAUUUUUGGAAAUAGUUUUUUUGGGUCCCACCACGAAAGCCCUGAGGAUCAGGGAAGGUCUCCGAAAAGGUUCGAAUUGACCGAAAAUGGACUUGACUUACAAUUUUAGAAAAUCUUUAUUAAUUUUUAACAUCUUUCAGGCUCACAACAGUAAUUGUUUACCUAUUAUCGGCAGUUGGAAUGCUCGCUUUCACCUUCACAAUCCACCUCGAUCUCUGGAUCACGUUCCUCACAGCGACCUUCCUCGGCUUCUUCAUGACCGGCUACUUGCCGGUGGGCUUCGAAUUCGGCGCGGAAUUGACGUAUCCGGCCUCAGAAGGCACAACUUCCGGGCUUCUGAAUCUCUUCGCCCAACUUUUUGGGAUCGGAAUGAUCAUCGGAAUGGGCCAAGUGAUCCGGCAUAUUGAUGUGUUCUGGUGCAACGUGAUGCUCUCUGCGUUUUUGUUGAUUGGCAUGGGCCUGACGUUGAUGAUUAAGGCGGAAUUGAGGAGAUUUAAUUCCCAAGCUCAGAGGCUGGAAGGCGCCGCUUUUGAUGUAAGUUUUGGAAGACAAAUAGGGUGAUAGGUGAGGUGUAGAUAAUGAAGAGGCCAGUAAAAGAUACCAUGCAAAAUUUUACGGAUUGAAAAAAUGUUUUUGAUGAUUUUUAAUUUGGACUUUUACGUUCUUUCAAAUUUUUUACCGUUUGAAACGUUAUGCCAAGAUUUUGAAUUUUGGCGGGAAAUUCAAAUUUUUUUGUCAUUCAUGAAAAUUUGAGACUUUACCGUGUUUUUUCAACCCAUUUCGGUCAGAUUUUUCUAAAAUAUCCCGCGUUUUUGACCGGUUGCAACACUAUGCCAAGAUUUUUUUUUGAAUUUUUUUUGCCGUUUUUUGCGGAGCGAAAGCUGGAGGGAUAUCCGAAAUAUGUUUUAAAAUACGUCUUUUUCUUUGGAGGUAUUUUUUGAUCAUCCAAUUUCUAUUUUUCUGCUUGUUUCGAAAUUUUUGUGAUUUUUUGGCCUAUGAAAAUGGGUUUCUCCGGUGUAUACUGAUAGUUUAUGGAUCUAGGCACAAUAUUUGUAAUUUUUCAGGUAAAAAGAAAGCCGUUUUUAGAGAUUUUAAAAAAUUCCAGUAAAAUUUUUUGGCUUAAUUAUUUGUUUUUUUCCAUAAAAGACUUUAUAUAUAUGUAUAGGUAUGCUGUAAUUGACAAUUCCUACCCGCAAAAAAUACAAAUUACUAAUAAUUUUCCCUUUCAGAACACCAAUUUCGCCACUGAAGAAGUUCGGCCGCCAUCGGCCGCGUCCGUCUCCCAAUCAGUCCCACCUUCGUUUUACUAG